AUGUUUUUUUUUUUUCCUCGUUUACAAAAGUCAUCUAACCGGCGGGGAGCACAGAAACGGAUCGCGGAGACUUCUGGGGAUGGCACGCCAUCAUCAGGCUACACGUACGAUGUGUUCUUGAGCUUCCGAGGGCCUGAUGUUCGCCGCACGUUCGUGGAUUGCCUCUACCACAGCCUAUUUGACUCUGGAAUAACUGUCUUCAAAGAUGACAAAGAGCUUCCUGUAGGCGGGGAAAUUGGACCGGAGCUCAAGCGCGCUAUCGACAACUCAACAAUCCACAUGCCGAUUUUCUCGGAAGGCUACGCAUCUAGCUCUUGGUGCCUCCAGGAGGGAGCGUACAUGGUGAAGCGCCGGAAAGAAUCCGUGGGACACGAAAUCAAUCCUAUUUUCUAUGGAGUGAGUCCUUCAGAUGUCAGGCUCACGAGGGGUUCAUACGGCGAGGACCUGCUUAAGCAUGAGCGGUAUUACGGCAAGGAGACGGUGCGAGAGUGGAAGGAGGCUCUAAUAGAGGUCGCAGAUCUAUCAGGAUGGGACGCAAACACUUUAGAGCAUGGUAGACUUAUCAAAGAUAUUGUUCUAAAGAUUUAUAUUAAGCUGAAGAAGAGACAAAAGGUUCUUCCCGAUCAUUUAGUUGGAAUUGAUGAUCGAGUCAAAGAUGUGGUGUGGCAGUUGGACCCCGGCUCCCUGGACGUACAAUUACUUGUUGUGCAUGGUAUGGAAGGAAUUGGCAAGACAACUCUUGCCAAGUUAGUUUUCAACGAGAUAGCUCCUCUGUUUGAUGGUUGUAGCUUCCUUUCAGACAUCCGAAAAAGCCCACAAGUUGGUGGCAUCAUAAGGUUUCAAAAACAGCUGUUAUCCGAUAUCCUGAAGAAGAACAUAGAUGUCCAGGACGUUGAUGAUGGUAUCAACAUGAUACGAGAAAAGUUUUGCAACAAGAGGGUCCUCAUUGUCUUUGAUGAUGUGGAUAAGCCAGAGCAGCUCCUGAAACUGAUGGGGAACCGUGACUCACUCGGCCCUGGAAGCAAGGUGAUUGUCACAACUAGAAAUGUGGGUCUUACGGCAUUUCUGCCUAAACAGCAUCUUGCUUAUGAGAUGAGACAGUUGAAUCCUUGGCAUGCUCUUCAACUUUUCAGUAAGCAUGCCUUUGGAGAAAGGCUACCUCCAGAUGAUUACGAAAAUAUUUCCAGUGAAAUAGCAGCCACAAUCGGAGAAAAUCCUUUGGCUCUUGAAGCUUCAGGUUCUUUCCUCCGUGGCAAAAGUCUCAGGAUAUGGUCAGAAGAAUUGGAGCGUUCAAGGAAAGUACCUAAUAGGGUAGUCCUAGAGGAGUUGAGGAAAAUUUAUAAGGCAUUAUUAAGCUUUCAGGAGAAGCAAAUUUUUUUAGACAUUGCAACCUUUUAUGACGGCAUGGAUAGCACAACUGCAACAUAUAUGUGGAAAAGUUGUGGUUAUUUCCCUGAAAGCGGACUUGCUACUCUCACUGCUUUGUCUCUGUUGAAUAUAGACCAUCACAAUAUUUUUCGGAUGCCUGACCUGAUCAGAGAUUUUGGAAGGGAAAUUGUUUGAGAGGAGAAUUAUCUGAGUCUAGGAAGUCGAAGCAGAUUGUGGGAAUCAGAGGAAUGCCUUCGCAUCCUUUGUGAUCCGAUUGAUUGCAGACAAAAGAGUAGUGUUCAAUUACUUAGCUUAAAAGUCCCUCAGGGACAGACGCUUACAAGUCAACAAUUUGCUGCUCUGCCAAAUCUAAGGAUUCUUCAUGUUGAAGGGGGAAACUUCACAGGAGAUUAUGAGAAUGUUUUCAGAGAAUUAAGAUCGCUAUAUUGGAGUUGUUGUCCUGCAGACUUUGAUGCGAUCAAUUUCUCUCCAAGCAAUCUAGUUGUUCUCAAGCUUUCUGGUACUGAACUUAGAGAUGAUUGGCCUGGAUGGCACCAAAUCCUGAAAUCAUCCAAAUUGAAAGAACUGGAACUUGGAGAAUGCAGCCACUUAACUAGAUUGCCUGGCCUCUUUGCCCUCUCAACAUUGGAAAGACUGACCAUACGAAAUUGCCAAAGCUUAGUUGAAAUUGGUAAAUCAAUUGGUAAGCUAGUACACCUGAAUUACUUGGAAAUUGAUGUGUGCAAUUGUCUGAGAGAGUUGCCUGAAGAAGUUGGUUGUUUAAAGGCUUUAAAAGAGCUGAUUGUGAGAGGGACAAUACUUGGUCCCGUUGGUUCAUAUCUUCCCCACUCGAUUGGUAAUCUACAGUGUUUGACAAGGCUAGAGAUGGAAAGUAUUGGAAUUGGUGAACUUCCAAGAUCAAUUGGGCAGCUAAAGGACCUUGAAAGGUUGAGUUUCUCCAGAUGUGAUGAGCUAAGAAAGCUUCCAGACUCGAUUGGGGAAUUGGAAUCACUACGUGAGUUGGAUCUGUCUCAUACUAAAGUAACAGAAAUACCUGAUUCGAUUGGAAACCUGAGGAAGUUAGAAGUGAUAAGGAUAGAUCAUAGCAAGAUAAGGAAGAUCCCGGGGACUAUAGGAAUGGUGCAAAAGCUAGAGGAAUUUCAUGCCAAAAAAUGCAUGCAUUUAAAGGGAGAUAUUCCUAGAGGAAUUGGGCUCCUAUCCUUUCUGAAAAUCCUAGACUUAUCUCACACUUGCAUUCGAUCUGUGCCAACAACAAUCAACCAGCUUUCUCAUCUUCAAGAACUUUAUUUGGAAAGUUGCCAUAAAAUUAAACAAAUCCCAGAGCUUCCCGCAAGUUUGAUUACCCUGUAUGUCGAGUCUUGCUCAUUGAAGAGAGUCCCAAACCUCGCAAACCUGACCAAUUUAGUCAAUCUAAUUGUAUCUGACUGCUCUGAGGAAUCUCUUUCUAGCCCUCGGGUUGCCAAUUUUAGCCAGUCUCCAAACCUGGAGUGGAUUGGGAAGUUGUCUAGACUGGAGAGCUUGAAAUUGGUUCAUAAAAGCAUCAGUUCACUGCCAAUUAAGUUAGCUUCCCUUCCUCGCCUGGAGCAACUAGUUCUGUCUUGUUUUAACCUGCAAUGCCUCACUCAGCCACUUCCUUCCACACUCUCCAAGCUGAAGUUUAUAAACUUAAACUCAUUGGCAGAAUUACCGCCCUGUUCUGACUUGAAAAAUAUGUCGAGGUUGGAGUUAUGUAAAUCGUUGCUGACAGAAAUUCCACUCAGUCAGUUUGGACAAUUGGAGAAUCUGAGGGAACUGACCGUGUUGAACUGCAAAUAUCUGCGGCUGUUGUCCUGUCUGUCAGGCUUGAAGAAGCUCAGAGUGUUGUGCUUGUCGAAUUGCCCGAGGCUAGUUGAGAUCCAAGGUCUCGAAGAACUGGAAUUGCUGGAAAGUAUAAGGAUCGACGAGUGCAGCUCCCUAGUAAGGUUGCCUAAACUCUUGAAGUUGAAGAAGUUGAAGACCAUGGAAUUUAUAUCCUGCAGAUCGUUAGAAAAAUUGCCUUCUCUAUCUCCGGCAGCUCUCAAACAUUGUCAUCUAGUAGUUGACAGAUGUGAUAAGCUAGCCAACCACAAUGGCCCUUGCUGUUAAGCUAGCCAACCACAAUGGCCCUUGCUGGAGUCACAAAGACAAAAGGCAAUGUCCAUACACCAUUCGCCCCUAUGAGCCGGGUUGUGCUCCUUUUCAUUCUCAACUUUCCAAUUAGCAUACUCUGGAUUAACAGGGCAAGCUCAGGUGGGUGUAUAUCAUGUGGAAGCGGGCCCUCAAUUGUAGACAAAGUCCGAAUUUGUAAUGCGGAAAUGAUUGAAGUACACAGUCUUGAUCAGGGAAUCGAGGAAGCUGCCGAGAGAGGAGAACUGACGGAACUUGUCUUGAUGGUUAUCUGAAAUCGGCUUGAUCUUGCUAGACAUGAUAAGGAAAAGAUGCAGUUAGAAGUCUUGACCCCUUAUACGGGAGGGUUGAGGGUGUGGAGUUGCUGGAAUUGUCCUCCCUGAAUCUGAGGAGAAGGUCAUAGCGAUCAAGAAGGGCGACGCCAUCGCCCUCCCUUUUGGUUUUUGCCUGGUGGUACGAGGAUGACACAGAUUUUGUUGUUCCCUUUCUGGGUGAUACAUCAAAGGCUCACGAAGCUGGGCAAGUCACCGAUUUCUUCCUAACUGGUUCUAAUGGCAUCUUCACUGGCUUCACCACUGAGUUUGUGAGCCAAGCAUGGGACUUGGAAGAAGACAUUGUCAAGUGGCUCGUUGGUAGUCAACCAGCAUUGUGAAGCUUGAUGCCAGCUUCCAGAUGCUAGAACCAAAGGAGCAGUGAAGUGGUAUGGUUUUUGCACUGCGAGGAGGCUCCAUUGGAUGUUGACAUUAAGAAUGGCGGAUGAGGAGUUGUUUUCUAAACCAACAAGAAGCCUUUGGUUAGUCAGGUCGGUCUUGGACCUGAUCUUGUUUAGCUGGAUGGAAAUGCUAUGUUCUCUCCAGGCUUUUCUUGUGAUUAGGCACUGCAGGUGACCUGCAUUGUUAGGGGCAGUGGCAGAGCCCAGGUUGUUGGUGUGGACGGCAAAAGGGUCCUUGAGACCACUGUGAAGGUCUGAAACUUGUUCAUCGUGCUGAGGUGCUUUGUUGUCUCGAAGAUUGCUGAUCAGGAUGGGAUGUCCUGGUUCUCUAUUUUUCCGACUCCAAAUCCUAUAUUCACUCAUCUUGCUGGGAGAACUUCGGUUUGGAAGGCCUUCAUCGCCUGAAGUGCUCCAAGCAUCUGUCAACGUUCCCCCGGACGUGGAGGAGGCUUUCAGCUCCAAAAGGAUGGAUUUGGAGAUAUUUUUCCCUCCCAAAUUGAGUCGAGUGAAUGUAUACGUUUGCUUUGGUUUCUAGGGUCUAAUAAUAAAAACCCCCCAUGGUUCGAGGAUGUCUCUUUUGCAUCGUUUUCUAU